AUGUUCUUUCGUCCGACAUCGAGGCUUGUUCAUCGGAAUCCACUUCGUACCUUGUUCACAUCUUCCAGACUUUUGAAGAAAGAGAUUAAGAGAAUCGAAGAUGGCAAAACCGUUACGUAUGAAGGUGUUCCCUGCAAAUCUGAGCGUACUCCUAAUCUCUUGGAUAUGACUGGACUUGGUGAUCCUCGAAUCAAUGAUCCGAUUAUUCGAUUGGGUCUUAAACUUCGGCAUACUGAUAUUCUUAUCUUGUGCCAGUUUCUUCGUCCUGAUGGCACUAUUUUACCUAGAGAGAUUUCGGGUUUAACUAAGGGCACUCAACUACACGUUGAAAUGCUCAUCGAAAGAGCCCAAAGUUCAGGUCUACUUCCGAUAUCAAUUGAUGCUGACGGAAAGCACACAUACAAGGCCCGGGGUCCGCAUGUGAAAAAUGUUUACUAUGACACUGAUAUAGUUGGCAUUCCUCGAUUUUCAAAGAUAAUUCCCACCUAUAAGCCUCCAAUGUAA